GUUGGUUACAGGAGUGUGUGUCUGUCUGCAGUGUUGGUUACAACAUUGUGUGUUUGUGUGUGUGUGUGUAUUCCUUUCUGUGUUGAGAUUCUGUGUGAGUCCAUCUGUUUUUGAAACCCCCAUGGCUCUUUCAUAUCAAAUAGAAAGGCUACAGCGAAAAUGCUGCUUGGCUUCACACCUCAAUUCCCCUCAAUCCUCCAGUCCUCUCACACACAGAGGGAGAGGAGAAGAGGGACGAGGAGAGCUAUUAAUAUCUGCCUGUCAAAGUUCUGGAGCUGCGUUUGGAGCGGGAGAUACAGUAUGUGAAGUGAUUUAGCCCAUUGAUAAAGAGUGGUAGAGGGGGCUGGUCCAGCUCCGCUGACGUCAUUCUGAGGGGGUCUGAAGAUGGCUCCUCAAUGCUCCGCGGCAGCACGGGCCCACACAUGCGUCAACGGCCAGCUGUCAGGAGGCACCGGCACACUGCUGUGAGAGGGAAGGAAGGAAGGAAGGACGGAGGAAAAAGUAAAUAGAAGCUUAGAAAGGGCGGAAGGCACUAGACAUCCUUAAUUGCGGACAAUCAGUUUGACUCUGUUGCUGUCACUUCGUCUGUCACAGAGACCGACAUAAGAACACGGGAGAGACAUGGGUUCGUCCACAGAUGAAGAAUUCAAAGAGAAAUUACUGUGGAAUGUGAAACGAGAGGUGAAACAGAUCAUGGAGGAGGCGGUGACUAAGAAGUUUGUCCACGAAGACAGCAGCCACAUCAUCGGCCUGUGCAGCACCAUCGAGGCGUGUCUGAGCCACCUGUUGAAGCGGCGAGCGGCGGGCUUCCUGCGUAGCGACAAGAUCGCAGCCCUUUUCACCAAGAUCGGCAAGGUCAACGCCACGGCGGGAGAGGUGUGUCAGAAGGUCCAGGAACAGCUCACACAGCAGGCAGAGGUCACCAGAACCCAGAGGACCCAGAGUGUGGGUCAGGAGCCCCUGAAGAGGCAGGGGUCGUCGUCUGCAGGUCGCGCCCCCCAGCCCCUCUCCGCUCAGGCCAUCAAGCACAUCUGGGUUCGCACCGCCCUCUUCGAGAAGGUCCUGGACAAGAUCGUACAGUACAUCGUGGAUAACUCCAGUAAGUACUAUGAGAGGGAGUCUCUGAUGCAUGACACAGUGUUUGGACCCAUCCUGGCAUGUCUACUGGUGGGUCCCUGUGCUCUGGAGUACACUAAGCUGAAGACGUCCGACCACUUCUGGACGGACCCGUCGGCCAACGAGUUGGUCCAGCGCCACCGGAUCCACGGGGCCCACCGGGGCCAGGACGCUUCCCCCAGCAGGAGGCCCGCUCUGGGGAUCCGGAAGAGACAGUCCAGCGUCAGCAUGUCCGAGGAUAAGUUUGCGGCGUCUGCACGGGAAUACGUGGAAUCUCUUCACCAGAACUCCCGUACUCACCUGCUCUACGGCAAAAACAACGUCCUGGUCCAACCGAAGAAAGAGAUGGAGGUGUUGCGGGGGUACCUGUCCCUUCACCAGUCAGGGGACAACCUCACUCUGAAGUGGACCCCUAACCAGCUCAUCAACGGCACCCUGGGGGACUGUGACCUGGAGAAGAGUAUCUAUUGGGACUAUGCGUUGACCGUGCCUUUGCGACAGGUCGUGUGCAUUCACUGUCACCAGCGACCUGACUGUGGUGGGACGUUGGUGCUGGUUAAUCAGGAUGGUAUCCAACGCCCCCCCCUCCACUUCCCUCCCGGCGGCCACCUUUUGGCCUUUCUGUCCUGCCUGGAGACGGGCCUGCUUCCCCGCGGUCAGCUGGAGCCUCCACUCUGGAGCCAGAGAGGCAAGGGUAAGGUGUUUCCUAAGCUAAGGAAGAGGACCAGCACUGCCAGGCUGAUAGAUCAGGAGGGAGAGGAGCAGACUGCCAGGCUGGUAGAUCAGGAGGGAGAGGAGCAGACAGCAGCUGACUACGUGUUCCGUAUUGUCUACCCUGGACGCCACCACGACUCUACAGUGACUAUAAACUACCACCACACCACGGGCAGCCGUGCUCCCUCGCUGGAUGAUGAUGAAGAGGAAGAGGACAGACUCCAGGCUAUGAUCUCAAUGAUGUGUUGGCGGAACCUCACAGAUCCUAAUGUCAUGAAAGACCAUGGGGAGAUGAUGGACAUCCAGGGAGCCUAUAUGGGAGGCAGCCCGUCGUCAUGGCAGCAGGGAGCAGAGUGCACCAGUCACAUGUCGUCAUGUCUGCCUUGCUCCGCAGGGGGCAGUAACGUCUCAUUGGAAUACCCAGCAGGCUGCACCUGCAUCCACGACCGGAGCCCACUGAAGAUGCUGUGCCAGAAUAUGAAAAGGCAGAUCGUCUCCAGGGCCUUCUACGGAUGGCUGGCCUACUGUCGACACCUGUCCACGGUCCGUACCCACUUGUCAGCACUGGUCAACCACAACAUUGUCCCUCCUGACAAACCUUGUGAGGCGUCGGGGGGCCUGAGUAAAGACUUGUGGAGCAAGUACCAGAAAGACUGCAAGAACUAUAAGGAGUUGGAGUUGUUGAGGCUGGUUUAUUAUGGAGGUGUACAGCAUGACAUCAGGAAGGAAGUCUGGCCCUUCCUGCUGGGUCACUACAAGUUUGGCAUGGGCAAGAAGGACAUGAGCCAGAUCGAUGAGAAGGUCAGUGCACGGUACCAGCAGGUGAUGAAGGAGUGGAAGGCCUGCGAGGUGGUCGUCAAGCAGAGAGAGAAGGAGAUGCAGUCGGCCAUCUUUGCUAAGCUGUCUUCAGGAAGCAGCAUAGACAGCCACGUCCUCCGACUCAUACACAGAGACUCCACUCUCAGCAACGAGGUGUUCAUGUCAGUAGAUGAGCCUGAGGUGGGGGAGCAGCACACCCCAGGGGGGGGCGGAGGAGACACCCCCGGCCACUCUACAGUGGUUCCCCCCACAGCCGGAGGGGUAAUAGUUCCUGAUGAGCGCCCCCUAGUGGAGUUCGACUCCCCUGACUCCGGCCUCCCAUCCUCCAGGAACUACUCGGUCACUUCCGGACACUCUCAGAUUCUCUCCUCUAUCGACGAUGGACAGAGUACGGAGGAGGACGGGGGAGCGGGGGAGGAGGCGCGGACACAAACACACAGUGUGACGGAGGAGAAGGAGCAACAGGAUUCAAUAAGUGAGGAGAGGCUGUGCAGUCAGCUGGAUAAGUUGAUGACCAAUGGGAAUGGAGGAGCGGAGGGGAUGCCUUCACUGUCCUCCUAUACGAUUGAGCUGUUGGACACAGUGGCUCUGAACCUCCACAGGAUAGAUAAAGAUGUUCAACGCUGUGACCGUAACUACUGCUACUUUACAACCGCUAACCUGGAGAAACUACGCAACAUCAUGUGCAGCUAUGUGUGGGAUCACCUGGAGAUGGGUUAUGUCCAGGGGAUGUGUGACCUGCUGGCUCCUCUCAUGGUCAUCCUGGACGAUGAGUGUCUAGCAUACAGCUGUUUCUCCCAGCUGAUGAAGAGGAUGAGCCAGAACUUCCCCAACGGUGGAGCCAUGGACACACACUUCACCAACAUGAGAUCCCUCAUACAGAUCCUGGACUCGGAGCUGUUUGAGCUGAUGCAUCAGAAUGGAGACUACACCCACUUCUAUUUCUGCUACCGCUGGUUCCUGUUGGACUUCAAAAGAGAGCUGCUGUACCAGGAUGUGUUCUCAGUAUGGGAGGUGAUCUGGGUGGCCCCUCACAUCUCCUCUCAGCACUUUGUCCUGUUCCUGGCCCUGGCCCUGGUAGAGGUCUACAGAGAGAUCAUCAGAGACAAUACCAUGGACUUCACUGACAUCAUCAAGUUCUUCAACGAGAUGGCAGAACGUCAUGACGUGCAGCACAUCCUUCAGAUCGCCAGAGAGCUGGUGCACAAGGUCCAGUCUCUCAUCGAGAACAAGUGAUGAGGAGGAGGACAAAGAGAGGAGGAUGAAGAGGAGCGGAAGAGAGGAGCUAGAUGCCAUGACUGCACCCCUCGAUCCACCCGUCCAUCCUCCGCACCUAGCACAGCUUCCUCCCUCUCUUACCCCUCCCAAACCAGGGGAAGAGACAAAGACAUGGGCCCUCUCCCUCCAGGCCUCUAACCCUCUCUCUCUCCAGGCCUCUAAACCCUCUCUCCCUCCAGGCCUCUAAACCUCUCUCCCUUCAGGCCUCUAAACCUCUCUCCCUCCAGGCCUCUAAACCCUCUCUCCCUCCAGGCCUCUCUCCCUCCAGGCCUCCCUCCCUCCAGGCCUCCAGGCCUCAGCCCGCCAGCCAGACCGGUGGAGGAUGAAGGCUCCAGGUGACCAUCCUGGUCUGGAUGCAGAAGAGAACAGUGGAAAGGAGAGUAAUGUUGGCUGGGCCCAGGUUUAGAUCUGGGUCCUGGUCUAGGUCUGGUCCUAGUCUAGUUCCUGGUCUAGGUUUGGCCCUGGUCUAGUUCCUGGUCUAGUUCCUGGUCUAGGUCUGGUCCUGGUCUAGUUCCUAGUCUAGGUCUGGCCCUGGUCUAGUUCCUAGUCUAGGUCUGGCCCUGGUCUAGUUCCUGGUCUAGGUCUGGCCCUGGUCUGGGUCUGGUCCUAGUCUAGUUCCUGGUCUAGGUCUGGCCCUGGUUUGUAGAUGUUGUUUACAAGCAUCCGGUCACAGAAUGCCUUGGUUGGUUGGUUGGUUGGUUGGUUGGUGUCAAACAUUUGGAGUUGGCUGCAUGCUCGUUAGUUUGAUCCCACUGUGACUUCCCCCAUCUUAUCAUUCUCCACCCCCUGACCUCUCCAUCACAGAGACCAGAGACCCUCUGACCUCUCCAUCACAGAGACCAGAGACCCCCUGCCCUCUCCAUCACAGAGACCAGAGACCCCCUAACCUCUCCAUCACAGAGACCCCCUGCCCUCUCUAUCACAAAGACCAGAGACCCCCUAACCUCUCCAUCACAGAGACCCCCUGCCCUCUCUAUCACAAAGACCAGAGACCUCCUAACCUCUCCAUCACAGAGACCAGAGACCCCCUAACCUCUCCAUCACAGAGACCAGAGACCCCCUAACCUCUCCAUCACAGAGACCAGAGACCCCUGCCCUCUUCAUCACAGAGACCCUCUGACCUCUCCAUCACAGAGACCAGAGACCCCCUGCCCUCUCCAUCACAGAGACCAGAGACCCCCUGACCUCUCCAUCACAGAGUCCGCCUAACCUCUCCAUCACAGAGACCAGAGACCCCCUGACCUCUCCAUCACAGAGACCAGAGACCCUCUGCCCUCUCCAUCACAGAGACCAGAGACUCCCUGCCCUCUUCAUCACAGAGACCCCCUGACCUCUCCAUCACAGAGACUAGAGCAUCUCUCCAUCACAGAAACCCACAGAGUAUUUGUUACCAAUCAGAACUUGAGAUUCCUCUCAGUGUUGAUUCGGACGAUGAGCUAAAUGCGACGCGUGAUAUAUGUGUGACUUCAUCAAGUGUGACUUUGCUUUAGUGACACAACUUUAGAGUGUGAAUGACCAAGUAAGCCAGUAGCACAGAGACUGGGUACAGUACAGUGUUUAAUACCAGGGUGCUCAGUGCACUACCAGUAGAGGCCUCUAGAGGGCCCUAGCCACUCACACAGGCUAUUAUGGAUUCCCCUUACAGAGGAGCAGAAGAGUUAAGAAGCCACGAAGAAGAAGCCUUCGUUUGUGACCAAAUUGACUGUGCCAACUUUCAGACCUUUUCAUGAAGUAUUUAUAUGACUAUACACACAUCAGCCUUGAAACUUUGUCUUGUGGUCCUGUUUUGAUUGGUUAAUAGCCUUCUCUUCCCCUAGAAUGUUCCUCUCCCUAUAACCUUGCUUUAUGGUUCGUUAUUUUCUUCGAUUUCUCAGAUGUUGCCUUUAUUAUAUCCCAGUGUACUGUAUAUUCCAGCCUGAUCCACUUUGUUGUGAGUGUUGCCCUUGUUGGUCCAGUACCCAUCAAGCCCCCACCACUUCCCUAGUAGGGGCCAACACAGCUCUCCUUCGGGGGGGGGGGGCUUCGUUGAUUGGCAUAUAGCCUUUUCCUUCCCCUGUCGAAAUUCCAUUCUACGUUGUGCACUAUUGACCACGACUGACCAAUGAACAUGACCAAAGUGAAAUUGAGUCAAAUGAUGAUAGCACAAAAAAAAUAAAAAUAAAUAAAAAAUCAUAAUCUGAUUUUUAAAUGAUUAUGAAACUCUUGUAUGAGGUGAGACUUUUUGUGUGUCAUAAAUAGCACCCUAUUCCCUAUAUAGUGCACUACUUUUGACCAGGGCCAAUAGGGUUCCAAUUUGGGCCAUUGACAUCCUUACUAGUCUCCAGUAGCUUCAAAUAAUAACCUGCACCCUUAUUUCCAAAAUGGCUGUCAUGGAGUGGUUUCCUACAGUGACCACACCUCACUGCCCAGUCUUCCCCAAUCCUGAGGUGUUGUGGGGGAGAAAAAAAAUCAGCUUCUUGGAAUGGAGAGCGCCCAUUACAGGGCGAUAGUAGUGUGGAAUGUGGAAUGAUUCUAAAAUGGAACCUUAUAAUUCCCUUUAUUCAUGGGUUGAGACCCCAGCUGAGCAUUCUACUCAAGGCAGUCACAAUGGGUGUCGAUGAGGAUCUAUUCUGACAGCAUGGAAACACGACUGCAUUUCAAAAGGAGGCAAAUAAUUAGUAGGACACAGCUUUUGUCAUCGUUGUCAUGUCACCAGAUUGACUUUAGAUACAGUAUAUCUUUAGCUUAACUAGCUAAUUUUGAGGGGAGAGCACCAACAUUAUUUUUAUUUUUUUGCUAGCUAACGUUAGCAUUGCUAGCUAUUUCUGACAAACUUUGCUAGCUCAUGGGCAACAUUGCCAUCUCUAAAGUCAACUUGACAUCAUACUGAUGGCAAAGUUGUUUUAUACAAAUGAUUUGUCUACUUUAGCGAUGCCAAUCGUAUUUCCAGGCCACUGUAGUGUAAAUAUGACUUAACAGUCAUAAGCCCCCUUUCAGACUGAGCAUUAGCCAUCAGUCAGAAAACAAUAUACUGGGGCAUCAGUAGAACGUUAUUCCCCACGGCAACGACGCGACCCAGUGACGGAAGUGCAACCCAUGAUUAGUGCACUACUCAUGACCAGAGCCCUGGUUCUCAACCUCCCCCCCCCCCCCCCCCCCCCACCCCAUUACUGUACCAGCAAAGUACAUUUGCUUCUGCCCAGAGUACCCCUGAAGCACCUACCUAACCCCUUAUUUCACCAGUAAGCCUAUGUAUGGGCUCAUGAGAAUUCAAGUACUGUACCCCCUGUGAAUAGGCCAAGUAGCCCUAGUUGAGAACCACUGGUAAAGGGAAUGGGGUUCCAUUUGAAACACACAUGGUAGAUGGUAGACACAGUAGAUGUCACUACACACGUGGGUCGUUUAUGAUUGCAGUGGGAAAGUUUAGUAGCCUGGGAUCAUGACUGAUUUUGUGAUACUUCGCUGCUGUUACAAUGUUGAGUGCAGCGUUUCAGUCUUGGUUGAAACCGGGCUAGAUUUGAGGCCCUCGGGAGAGCCAUUUUCUUCCAAUCAGGACCACGCGUACCAAAGCCUCAAAACAGCCUGCCCCCUUGACGUAUGAUGACAAGGUGCAAUUUCAUACCGUAUCGCAAAGACUGUUUAUUAGGUGUGAUAAAUAUUGUUUUUUUUUUUUUUAAAACCACGUCAUUUAAUUCUAGAUUAAUUAAUUUAAUUAAUUUACUGUGCAAUUUCUGUUUGAGUAUCAAUGUAAUCUCUCACAUCUAUAAUGACUGCUGUAAAUAAAUACACCCCCCUUCCCACCCCCUCUCCCCCCCUACCAAAAAAAAAGCCCAAUAUUUCUAUGAGGACAGUAUACCGUAUUUUAAAAUCUAUUUUAUAUGUCUGGGUUAUAGAGCAGCGUGUAUUUCAGAAUGCUGAUUGAUGUGUAUAACAAUCCUGGUUACUGUGUAUAAUUGAAUGCUGGUUACACUUUGUUGACUGUUAAUGUUUUCUCAAUGUUGUGCCACUGAUGGUGAAUAAAGGAACAAAAAAAAAUAAUAAUAAUUUCAAAAUGAUAUAUUUAUUUUGUUUUGAAAAGCCAACCAUUUGAAUUGCAGAUUAGGUAUUGUAUGUAAAAGGAUGUAUCUUUUGCCUUGAAUGUGAUGUAUUACUAAAAACACAGUUUAAUCCUUAUUAUUAAAACAUUUUAAUAACUGGGAG